UCAUGGAUUUGGUUCAUGCGCAUUCACAGUAAUAACACCAUUGGAUAGCAGCUGGUACAACAUGAUGCAAAAGAGGGAUUCUCCAAGGAUCUGAAGGAACCCGCGUCGCCAAGGAAAUGUUUUUUUUUUUUUUUCACUUUCAUUUUUUACUGUUGAUUUUUAAUUAGACAAAAAAUGGCUUAAUUUCCAAAUCCGCAUGUAACUAAGAGGAAAUUUGAGCCCGCUUGGAUAUUUUCAGUAUAGCAGAACGAAUCGCUUGGAUGAGCGCCUGACACGCUGAGACUAGACAUUCAUCACACGGACACAACUGAAGGGAGUCGACCAGCAGACCAGCACUUAUCACCAGCCGAAAACACCACAGCAGCCCACGGCACUCAGGAACACAGCGGGACAGAAUGGGAUAUGCAAACAGAAGCAUAAGAGGAUACACUUUUCUGCUGUGGGUUGCCACUGCACUGCUGUUAGUGGAGAGCAGAAGAGGCAAACAGCCUAGAUGCCCCUCUGGAUGCACGUGCACCAAAGAUAACGCCUUGUGUGAAAAUGUGAGAUCUGUGCCACACAGCUUCCCUCCUGAUGUCGUCUCACUAUCAUUUGUGAAGUCUGGAUUCACUGAGAUUGCAGGGGGAAGCUUUCUCCACACGCCAUCCCUUCAGCUUCUAUUGUUUACAGCCAAUUCUUUUGACUCCAUCGACGAAGAUGCUUUCCAAGGCCUGCCACAUCUGGAAUAUCUAUUUAUUGAAAACAACAAAAUUGAGUCCAUUUCGCCCCAUGCCUUUAGAAGUUUGAAAUCUCUCAUACACCUGAGUCUUGCCUACAAUAAUCUUGAGACGUUGCCCAAAGAUAUUUUCAAAGGAAUGGAUGCCUUAACAAAAGUGGAUCUCAGAGGAAACAUGUUCAGUUGUGACUGUAAGUUGAAGUGGCUGGUGGAAUGGAUGUACAACACGAAUGCAACGGUGGAUCAGUUAUACUGCAGUGGGCCUCCAGCCUAUCAAGGCAGGAAGAUCAAUGACCUAGUGCCUCAGUCGUUUGACUGCAUUACAGCAGAGUUUGCUUUAAAGAAAACCCUUGUUUUUGAGUCCAUGUCUGUGGAGUCCUUUACGUUUGGGAAUGAUCAGUAUGUCGUAUAUGCCCAGCCUUUCUCUGGAAAAUGCAGCUUUUUGGAAUGGGACCACGUCAACAUGGAGUUCAGAGCUUAUGACACCAUAGAGAGCACUUCCACAGUGGUGUGCAAGCCGAUGGUCAUCGAUAACCACCUUUUCAUCAUAGUCGCUCAACUUUUCGGCGGCUCUCACAUUUACAAAAGGGACAACUCUGCCAAUAAGUUCAUCAAAAUCCAGGACAUCGACAUCCUGAAAAUCAGGAAGCCCAACGACAUUGAGACUUUCCGAGCGGACGGCGAGUUCUUCUUCGUGAUAGCGGACAGCUCGAAGGCCGGCUCCACCACGGUGUACAAGUGGAACGGCAAUGGCUUCUACUCGCACCAGUCUCUCCAUCCUUGGUAUCGUGACACGGACGUCGAGUACCUUGAUAUCGCCGGCAAGCCCCAUCUUAUUUUGUCUAGCAGCUCACAGCGGCCCGUUAUCUACCAGUGGAGCAGAAGCCAGAAGCAGUUCGACAGGCGGACGGACAUUCCAGAGAUGGAGGACGUCUAUGCCGUCAAACACUUUAAGGUGAAGGGGGAGCUGUUUGUCUGUCUGACGCGCUUCAUUGGCGACUCCAAGGUGAUGAAGUGGGACGGCGCUAUGUUCACAGAGAUACAGACAAUGCCCUCCCGGGGCUCCAUGGUCUUCCAGCCCGUCUCCAUCGGCAACUGGCAGUACGCCAUCCUAGGCAGCGACUACUCGCUAACCCAGGUCUAUCAGUGGGACACCAAGAAGAGCCAGUUCGUGCACUUCCAGGAGCUCAACGUCCAGGCGCCGAGGGCAUUCUCACUGGUGUCCAUUGACAACAGAGAGUUCCUGCUGGCUUCCAGCUUUAAAGGGAAGACACAGAUUUACGAGCACUUGAUGAUCGACCUAAGCAGUUAGGGUGCCAAUUGAAAGCGCAGAGAACCAGACCCUGGCUAUUGUGAAAACACAUGCAUGAUCUAGCCUAGCGCUAAUAAUAAUAAUUCCAGAUGAAUGCCUCUCUAGAAACGCCCUUUGUGUCUUUCUCUGUUGUCACCAUCUGUUCUGCACUUUUCAUUUUUCCUGUUUUUUUUGUCCCUUUCAACAAAAGCUAUUGUUAACGUAUUCUCAUGCUUGCCGUGUAGUCACUAAAGAGGUAUAAUAAGGAAACAACAAAGGUCAAAUCAGUUAGCUGUUGACGUGAUAACAAUCUGCCAAAUAAACUGUUUACAUUUUUACAGUGAUGUAAAAAGCCAUUUUUAACUUUUUUAAACAAAAGCGAGCAGUUUAACCACAUUGGAUGUGAUAGAUUUGAAACUUGUCUUGACUCAACUUCUUUUAAUUAUCAGAAUGCAAUAAACUUAGAUUUAGCUCAACUCUUGAGGAAAAGUAACUGUGGGAAGGAAGGUUAGUUGUUUACUAGUACUUGUUUUUUUUCUUUUUUGUUAGAACUAAUAAAACUUUGAAAAAUA